AUGCCAGGCCCAGGCCGAAGUAAAGGAUGCACCAACUGCAAGGCGCGACGGAUUAAAUGCGACGAAACCCGUCCAACAUGCAACCGCUGCCACAAAUCCGGCCUGCAAUGCGCCGGCUACAAGAAACCCAUCAAAUUCGUCGAUGAGACGUACUGGACGCGAGGGAAGCAUGGAUUGAUUAUAUCGUCUCCAUCCUCAUCUCUGAUGCGUGCUGGUGUCACAUCCAAAGAAGAAGAAGAAGAAGAAGAAGAAGAAGAAGAAGAAGAAGAUGAUGAUGAUGAAGGACACGAUCGGAAAAGAGGGUUGAAAUUCUAUAGCACCACGGAUCUUCAACGAAACCUCGAUGCGUCAGUCAUCAGCUUCCUGCGCGGGGUGUUUGUGCCGCGGAAUACGGAUUUUAGUUCGUGGUAUUAUAGUCCGCAUCAUUCUGAUGAUACUGAUCCUGCGAGUGCUGGCGGCGGUGCUGCUACUGCUAGUGACAAAGAUCUCGUGAUGAGCACGAGCAGCAAACGCCCCUUCUUGCCCGGCGUAACGCUCCAAGCGCUCGCGCUCGGUCUACAUGGACAGAAAUGUGGCAGUCACGCAAGUCUCGGGCACGCAGCGGAGUUGUAUGGGUUUGCGGUCAAAAAUUUGAGGUUGGAUUUGAUGGAUGUGAGGAGCAAUGCGCUGGCGGUUUCGAGACGGGUGGUGCCGUUGAUGGAUUCGAUGCUGAAUUUGGCUCUGUAUGAGAUGAUUCAGUCGGACAACGAUUUGGCGCGGAAUUAUCACCUCAAAGCCCUCGCAAAGCUCAUUGAGAUGCAGGGCCCGCACGCGUUUAGAUAUGGGCCGGCAAGGAGGUUGUUUCUGAGAGCGAGAUCACUAAUACUAAUCCCGGCCCUUGAAGAGGAUAAAAAAACCUUCCUUGCCGACGAGCAAUGGCAGACUAUUCCCUGGAUACCAGAAGGAGGAGGCACGCCAGAAGGGAAAGGAUUUGUUAAUCGUUUCCUUGAUAUAUUGCUGUGUAUCCCCUCUCUAUUGCAGGACCAAGAAACACUACGCCAGGCCACAACAAGCCUUGAAAGGAAACGCAUUGUAGCCUCGAUGCGCGAAUCAAUUGCCGCUUUGAAUGAGAGGCUACUUGACAUGCGCCUAGACUGGGAAAUCCUCAAACCUAGAUCUGCCUACGAGGUUCCUAUCACUAACGUGGAUAGUAGCCACGCCCACGGCAAACUCUCACGCGACGGCAACGGCAGCCCCUUAUUCAAAAGCAUCAUUUACUACCAAGACCUACAAAGCUGCACCGAAAUGGGAGUCUAUUAUUCCUGCCUUUACUUCCUCCGCUGCAUAGCUACUGCAAUUGGCAUGACAGCAUCAACGCCGCAAAGAGCGGAACAUAACAACAAAACCAACCAAGCCCUAAAAUUCCCCGACGAGAUAACAACUGGCCGCGAGGCCGGCCUUGAGAUUUGUCGUUCGGCAGAAUAUUUUCUCCAGCCGGGCCAUGGCAUUACGGGCGCGUAUUUCCUAAUGAUGCCUUUGCGAUUGGCUCAAGUUACGUUUGUGGCGGAAGAGGAAGAGGAUCGCCGACUGGCCAGGUGGGUUUGUGGGAUCAUGAGGUAUAUUGGUGAUAACCACGGGCUUCAUAAUGCGUACGCAUUUUGUAAUGGUUGA